AUGGCUGUCGAAGAUAACGCUUACGAGAUUGUGCUGCCUACUCUGCCCACUGGCCGUGUUGUUAACAACACGUUGCUUUUGCACGGAGACGUGCGUGAGCGGCCCUACAAGGUCGAGGACUUCAGAGAUGCCCUCGCCACGUGCCUGCGCUGCCACGGCACGGGACACGUUCGCCGGGACUGCAGGGUGCCCCGGUGUUCGAAGUGCCGGCGUUGCGGACACGCGGACGCGGACUGCGUCCGUACCUACGCGUCGGCGACCGGGCGGCCAAAGGACGACGAAAAUGAAGAGCUCAUGGACGUCGCCGAGGCGGAGGAGGCUGCGAGGGGAAUCGACGAGGCAGGAAAGCGGUCAGGGCCAGAGGACACGUCGACGCCUUCCAGCGGUGACGCCCCGAAAGGAGACGGGCCGGUGGACCAACCAGCUGUAGGCGACAUGUCGGGGACAAAGGGCCACCAGCCAGCAACACAAGUCGUCCCAGCGGCGUCAGGAUGCGAUACCCGAAAGGGCAAGGCACCAACGCUUCAUAGAGGGGCGGGCGAGUCGAGUGUGUCAACCGACGCGUCGCCGGCAGUCACGUCGAGUUCACCAGCACCCAAGGUUGGCGAACCUACAAGCUUGAACGAGCCACAACCGGAGAAGAGUGGCGUUCACACGCCGCCCAAUGUCACCGCGGCCUCCAAGCGCCCCCACCCCACUACCAGCAACGAUGGUACUGAAGCGACCGUAACUGCCAACGAGGAACCACCCGCCAAGAGUGCCCAAGUACGGCGGUCAUCCCUUCGACCGCGCCCCAACGUUCCGGCCGACAAGCGCGGCGGCAACGCGGAGCACGUGGGGCAAGUCCAAGUACCUGCGCCGGAUGGCAACGCCGGCGACGGCAUCGUCUAG